CUAACCCGGCCGGGUACUACUUUUACUAACAUGCCAUUGAUAAAUAAAAUACUCAAACCUUAAAUUGCAGCGGGAAAAAUUUAACAUAAAUAAAAAUACUGAAAACACACUUGAAGUUCGAAGCAAAGCCCUAACACGUGGGCAAAUUAAACUCAACUUUAAAAUCUCAAUCUGAUCUCAAAAUAAUCUCCAGUCUGUACUCAUAAUCAUAAAUGUAAAUAACUAAUACUCUGAAGUUGUUGCUACUGAAAUCCUUGACUAAGCAUCCUCCGUGACGCUUAUACUGCUCUCCACUAGCUGGCUGCCCUCGAACUCGCUGCUCACUAACUGCUCCUCUAGCUCCUCAAACUGGUGAGUAAGAUGGGGUCAGUCUACGCCCUUACGUUUUAGCAAUUCUAAUACUUGAAUACUUUACUUAAACACUUAACUUCAACUUGUGGAAGUUGUUUGUACUUCCAACUUAAGAUCUUAACUCUUAAACUUGAGGGAGUUGAAGUUACUCCACUCUCUUAAAGCUCAAAUCUUGACUUAAAUCUUUUGACUGACAUGGGGAUCCCUCACUAGCUAGUCCGGUUGCCAACUCAUACGUAUGAGAAGCCAUCAAGGCUUUCAUUAAACUUAAACUUAGUUAGGGAAGUCGUAACGAUUCAUCCCCCUAACAUCUCAAACUUAUCGUGGUGGCUCUUCACCACGAUUCUCAAGAGCAUAACUGCUGCUCAUCUUAAAAGUCUUGAGAGCAUAACUGCUGCUCUAUCUCAAACUGUCUCAAAAAGGCAACGGACUGGCGCUAGUGACUAAAAACACUUAAAAAAUGACUUCACCUUCUUGAAGCUGAGUUACUUCUUAAAAAGAACUUGUUUCUUACUUUAACAAUAACUUAGAAACUUAAAGCUUAAAUCUAAAUAAAUAAGAACUCAUGCACAUUCACAUCAAGCAUAGCUCAAACAAAAUCGCAUAUCAUCAACCAUAAGCACAAUCAAAUAACGACAUUCACUUCAUCAAAAUACUCAAGACUUGAAAUUCUUGAAAGAACACGCAAGGCGUAGAAUUUACCCCCUUUACACUCACCUCUAAUCCGUCGAAACCAACUCUGAAUUUGCUCUAACAUUUCCAUACUUGCUCCAUUUAAAUUCUCCUCGCUCUCACGAUUCCAUAGGCGUUGACGAUUCCUUGAUCGGACGUCAAUUGAUCGAGUUAUGACCAAAAUAAAUAUUCUAUCAAUUUAAAAGUACUAGGUACCGAAAUUGAAAUGUUUCCAGUCAACAUAGUUGACCACGACCGUGCUGUAAAAUUACCGAAAUGAUCCACAAAAUUUUUGAAUUGUCCGUAGUGGUGCCCGAACUUGAUAGAUUUUCGGCCAAACUUUCGAUGCUCGUUUCUCCCUCAUCUGACGUCAGAAUCCGAUUUCGUCGACGCGGUGAUGAUCCUGGGAUCGUCCUCUUCGCGAUGAUAACCACCACUCAAAGAAAAUUGGAAGUCGCCUACGCCGGGAUCGUUGUCGGAACUGCUUGUCUUCUUCUCCUAACAAGUCGUCCUCAACUCCGUGUGAAACUUGUCCAGGCGAUUCGCGAUGAAGCGUUGGUGGUCGUGGAAGAGGCGCCUGUUGAGCCCAUCGUCUUCCAGAAUCCAACCUUGUCCUCAACCCUGCCACCAUGCAUUUGAUCAUGUACUCAUAUAUAUUCACCUUCGGGUUCUGAUUUUCCAUCGCGCAGUCCGAGAUUGAUCUUUUGAGGAAAAAGGGUCGGAAUUUAAAACUUCGGUAACAGCUUGAAGGGGGUCCUUUGGAGGUUGAGAAGCAUCUCCACGGCUUUCUGAUUAACUGAAGUCUCCACAUAAUCAGAAUGAUGAUUGAUGGCGAUCUUUGUAUCGGUUGAAACUGCUGGCGGUCAAUUCGUCGUCUUCAUCGUCGGAGACCGAGAAAUCUCCUUAUAUGAAUCUUGAAGGCAGUGAAGUUGUGGGAAAAAUCUAAAGCUCCUAAUCAGCCAUGGUUUUCAUUGGUAGAGGAUCGGUCGGUUUUGUGGAUACCAGAGGGCUGUGUUAGUUUUUUUUUUUCCCGAGCACCUGGGUUGACGGCGUCCUGUAUGUUCCAAUGGGAUUUAUGCGAUUCAGGAGAAGAGAUGGAACCGAGAGAAACAUUAGGUUUUCCUAGGUUCAAUUUCCACCGGGGUCAUUUUGGGAAUUUCACAGUUACGGGUGAUUUUAAUCCGAAACUCAAUUAAUGCCCGAAACUUUCUCAUUUUAUGUCGAAAUUUGACACCGCUUGAACUGAUAGUUCACAUUUUUAGUCCUCCUCGACAUUACGGUGAAAUUUGACAAAUUUGGACCGAGGGCAUAAUCAUCAUUUCGGCUCAGCAAAAGAUGGGGUGUAACAAAAACUAACCUAAAAAAAAGGAAAAAAAAUACUAAUUAAAUAUGGACUAAAACUACUAAUUAAACUCUUAUAUAACCAAAACAAACAAUUAAACAAUUAAAUCUAAAAUUCACCGCAUCUUCACGUGUAUGUUUUCUUUGCUGUUGUGGAAUCCUUCUUUGCGAGCUGUAACCUGGUCGGCUCAAGAUAGAGUGCAUAACUAUGAGUAACUAAAUAUGGAUCCUUCUUUUAAGUGGCUGCAUAUCUAACGGUAGAGAGUUAAAAGAAUUUAUUUUUCCUAGUUUUCUUUAUUGGGUCAUAUCUUCUUCAUUCUAACUCGGAUUUCAAUUUUCUUGCACAGAUGGAACGAGUUUGUUGUGCUCUACAAAAUUAUAUCCAUUUUCAAUAUUUUUUUAGAAAAAAAUUUUCAUACCUCUGAUUACCAACUCCAUACCAUAUGGUAUCUCCGUCGUUUUUUACUCGUUUUCGAAAAUUUUUGCACAGAAGGAACGAUUAAUCAUGAUCUAUUGGAUUUCACAUUUUUCUGGUUUGAAAAAUUUCAUACCUCUCGUUAUCAACUUCAUACCAUACUAUACUAACAUGGUAUGGGAUGGUAUUUCUCAUACCAUAUGGUAUGUUGUUAUUUAAUACCAGUCAAUACCAUAUGGUACAGACUGGUAAUAACUGAUAAAUUUUUUUUGUUCCAAAAAAUAUCAUAGUGGAUAUCAUUUUGAAGAGCGCAAUUAAUCUGAUCUAACUUGCAAAAGAAAAUUAAAUUCGUUUUUUACUCGUUUUCGAAAAAUUUUGCACAGAAGGAACGAUUAAUCAUGAUCUAUUGGAUUUCACAUUUUUCUGGUUUGAAAAAUUUCAUACCUCUCGUUACCAACUUCAUACCAUACUAUACUAACAUGGUAUGGGAUGGUAUUUCUCAUACCAUAUGGUAUGCUGUUAUUUAAUACCAGUCAAUACCAUAUGGUACAGACUAGUAAUAACUGACAAAAAAAAUUUGUUCCAAAAAAUAUCAUAGUGGAUAUCAUUUUGAAGAGCACAAUUAAUCUGAUCUAACUUGCAAAAGAAAAUUAAAUUCUGAGUCGAGUGAGAAAUCAUCCGUUAAAGAUUAAAAGAAGGAAAAUUAAAGAUUUUUCGAAGAGAAAGAAGAAGACGCUGAUGUGAUAGAUUCUUAUUGGAUUAUGCAUAUGACUAUAGCACCAAAAGAUUACUCUAACAGAUCUACUCCCAACCUGGUCCAUUUAAUUCAUCCAAGCAAACCAUUCUUUAAUUAACCUAUGCAGAUGCACACACGUCCACCAGCUCAUCACUUAAUCACCAUGUAACUCCACGUCUGUCUUGAAAGAAUUGAAUAUCAAUAACUCAUUUUUUACCUAUGAUUCUAUUUACUAGUUUAUUCCCGAAUUUAGACUAGACCUCUCCUAGUAGUUCAUUCAUAAACGAUAAAUUGGAGUUACCUGGGGGGGGGGGGGGGGGAGACGAUGGGGUCGGUCCAUGGAUUUUCCUUCCUUUUGCCGCAUUUCGCUAAAGGGUUGAAGGGAGAUAGUGCAUCAAGCUGUUCGCAAGGGGCGAUGCUGCAUAAUUAAACCCCGCAUAUAUAAUUAUGUAAACUAAUGGGAUAAUGUCACAUUGAGACCCACGCAACUCCAUUUAUCCAUUAAGCACGCUGUCAAUUUAUCUUUAAAUCGUCGUAUUCGAAUCUUUAUUUUUCGACCACGAGAAUUAAAUAUCGUGCAAGUCGAUAUCGCAUCAUAAUUCAUAAGUUUUCAUUCCGUUAUUUGAAAGAGAGUAAACGAUAUUGGGGUAGACCCCUAAAAAAAACUUUUAAAUAAUCUCCAUAUUUGCAUGCAACCAAUCCCAUCUCGAGUCUCGGCUCCUUCUCACUAAAAAUGGUCGUCGCCAAAGUUGGAGAUAUAAUGAAAUUCACAAACUCAUAGAGAUUCCACAAUUCUCGAUGAAAAUGGCCAAUCACACCAAACUAAUCAUCGGGCUUAAUAGUCACUACAAACUUCAAGGGAUUGACCAAUUGGUAAUAUGAAAAGCUAAGAUUUACCACUUACUUUAUUCUAACUAUAUCAUAAAAAUCAAUCAAAAUGUAAUAAUUAAAAAAUAUAAAUUAUCAAAUACUAAUUCAUUAGUAACAAAUAUAUAUCUCCAAACAAAUUUGUGGUUGAUAAUAGGUUAAAUUGGCAUAUGAGAAUGGUUGAAGGCUAUUAUAAUGACCAAAUCUUAAUUUUUUAAGUAUUUCUUAUAUUUUUAAUAAAAUAAAAUAAUUAAUUCUACUAAUAUAUAAUUUCUUGUUGUGAAAAUAUAACUUUAUAAAAAAAUUCAUGAUUUCAGUAAAAUAUAGUCAAUAGUAUUGAAAAUAUAUGUGCCAUUUGGAUUAUGGGUGCUGCAAUUGGUGGCAAUGGGUAUGACUGCCCAAUACUAUAUGUAGAUAUUUUAACAGAAAUGAAUUUUUUUUAAAAUCCACAUCUAUAAACAUUUGCAUGAAUAAGUUUUCUACAACCAAGUUAAAAGACACUCAAUCAAUGCACUCAGUACUCAACUUUGAAGACCAGAUGAAAUCUUAUAUUUCAACCUACUUCCAUUAAUGGGACAAAUAAUGAGUAAACUUCUAAAUAAUACAAAAAAAAUUUGAAGCAUCACGAUAUUGUAAAUGUACCAGUUACUGUAAAUGUUAAAGGCAAAAUUCAUUCAACCUACAGAGUGAGUAUAGAGUUUGUUCAUUCUUCAAACUAUUUUAUUUAUAUGAAGAAUCAAAAUGUAUAAUGAAGUUUACCUUGCCCGGGCCUACAAAUUUAUUGACAUAUCAUAAAAUGGUGAAAUGAACCACAAGUAAUGACAUGCUUGCCCCUACAGAAAGCUCUCUAGUGGUUGGAAAUUUGAAUCCCUGAAAAGCCAACCCAUUUUUGCCUUUAUAUCUUUUAUAGAUUAUUAAUUCUUUCUAUAUUAAUUUUAUAUCAAAUAAAUAUUAUUUUCGUGCCAUGUCCGUUCUUAUACUCAAUAAGAUCUGGAAAAUAUUAGGCCCGACACGACCCAUCUUAUGCCGGAAUUACCUAUAUAAUUCAUGUUCGUGCUCGUGCCUUGUCGUGCUACCCCGUGGGCGGCCCGACCCGGUGCCCACGUACACUCAUCACAAAACAUAUUCUACAUUUUAAUCAAAGAAAUAACAAUAAAUAUAAUGUAGCCUAGUUGGUUAUAAUGCCCUAUAUUCAUAUAAGUGACUAGAGUUCAAAUCCCAAUGAUGACAUUUUUAAUAUAUAAAGAUGAAUUGGUGAAAUGACAAAAAUAACAUUCCUAGAAUUACUCUAGGGUCACGAAAUUUGAAAUGGGACAAUUCCAAUCCAUGAAUCUGCUUUAAAUAUACUAGGACCGGACCCGGGAGAGUUUUAUUAUUUUAUAUUUUGAUGUGUUCUUUUCAUUUAUAAUAUAUAAUUUUUGGUAUAGAUAAAAAAUAUAUAUAAAUGAAUACAAAUACAAACAACUAAUAAAUAUAUUUAGAAAGUAAAUAGUGUCUAUUUAUUUUAUAUUUCAUAUAGGAGAACAUGAAAGUUUUCUUCCAUUUCACACACAAAAUCAAUCUUAAUCAUAAAAGAAAAUGAUUGUCCAUUUAUGUAGUUUAAUCAAAUAUUUUUCUCAAUAGUUACCAUCUUUAUUCAUCACGGUACGUUAUAGAUAUGAAAUUAUAUCCUGUGAAAGAAUAUAUAGGGCACACUAAAGAUUUAUCAACAAUAUGAAGUAGCAUGUUAAAGAUGUACCACGAUAACGUGAAACCCACCCUCGAUACAACAUUAACCUUAAUUAUUUUGUACAAACUAAUAUGAUAUAGAAUUUGUGAUUAUUUUGCAUCCAUGCAUGCAUGAGAGUGUCGUUGUAGAAGCUGUUAGAGAAACCAAAAAAUGUCAUAGUGUCGAGAUUCAGAGUGAGCAUUCAUAACAUGAGUCAAGGGCUCGAGGCAUAAAAGAAAAAAUCAAAUGAGUAAUUUGUGUACUACGGAAGUUAUACUUAAAAGUUGAGCCUUUAGAUGCUUCAUUGUUCACUUCAGUAUUAAUAUUAUAAUGCGAAAGUAGAGGUAGACAAAACAGUGGGCAAUGAAGAGCAAAUUGAUCUCAAAUGCUCAAUACAUGGGAGCUCACUUUGAAUUCCAAAUGUUAAAGUAACUUUGUGCCUUCAUGUUGCAUUUUGUUCCUCCUAAAAUCCAUAGCAUAUUCAGAUGUGAAACAAAAGCCUUUAAUUAUGCUCCCAAAAUAAACAUAGGGAAAGACAAUUAGAUAUAAAAAGAGAUAAUACCACAUCUAUAAUCAUAAACACUUGGGGGAGAUGAGUGAGGUUGAAGAUGAGAGUCAAAUAUAUUGUCAAAAAGAGUUUCGUUGUGAGAAAUUCAAUAUCAAGCAAUCCAAUAAGAGUUUUACAUGAAAAAAAGUGUUUCCUCGUCAAUUAGAUUGCCAAAAGCAAGAGAAAUAGACAAAAAAAAAAUUAUAUCCUGCGAAUUUGAAAGUCUGGUACAUGAAACAAAACCCCCCAAUAGUUUAUAAUCUGUGUUCAUCGCCUGUUAACUCUAAUCCCCAACAACAUAUCAAUAUUAACACAAUUCUAUCUAUGAUCAUUUAACCAAUAGGUUACAUACUAUCGUUGGAUUAAUCUAAAGGCCAAAAUUAGAUUUUAACCAACGAUUAGUACCAUAUAUAUUAUGGAAGCGAAAAUAAUAAUGGAAUCUUCAAGGUUGGGGAUUUUAUUAGAAUAAUGAUAACUUAAUUUUUCAUUCAUGUGCAGCUUGGUUUGAUAAUUGGAUUUAUGGAAAACACACCAUCCUUUUGUUGUUUGACAGGUGAAAAUAGAGUAGAUUGGGCGUGGAGAUAAAUUAUGAAGUUUCGUCCACUGUGCAGCUGUUUAUGAGGAAGAAGGGUGAUGAAGGCUUUUGGAAUGAGAAAUUGAUGCUUAGCUACUCAGUGAGCGCAGUUUGGGAUACGAUACGUCUUGUGAAGAGAAAACAACACUUGUCUGCUCUUCUCUAGAGUAAAUUCUACGUGUUGCGUUGGAGUAUCAUAGCAUGGAUUGUGGCCAUGGAUGCGAUAGUGACCCAGAUAAAAUUGAUGCGGUGGGGUAAAUUUGACAUGCCAAAAGUGAGAUAUGGGAUCAUUUGUUUUCCAAAUGGUGUUUCUCGAGGAGUAUUGUUAGCAGAGUUGGUAAUUCUUUCAGUAGCAGCUCUUAGGAUCUUCGACUCUUAUAUGCAGGUGUGGUUGCAAAGCGAAACACGGCUAUGGGGAGACUUAUUGGACCUCUAUUGUGCUCCUUGAUUAGCUUUGUCUGGCUAUAAAGGUGUCGAAGGCUCCAUGGAGAGGUCCCAAGAACGGCCGAGCUGGUGACAGAGUUAUGGUUGCGAGAUUUCUGCUUCUUUGUUUCCUCUUAUCUAGGUUUCGAGGUUGAGAGAGUUUGCGUCUCUCCAGCAACAUAACAAUAUAAUAAAAAAUAAAUUAGAAAAUGAAAUAGAACCCAAUGAAUUUAAAGCCUAGCGAAAAUGCUAAAAUCAGUGCGACAGAUUUAAAACCCAACAUUAAUGUUUAAACGAAGCAUUCCAAUUAAAGUGUGCUAAAUUACAUUUUUUUCCUUCCAAAAAUCACUUUGUUUGCUGGAUAUUUAAAAUUAAGAAAAUUUAACCCAUGAAUAUCCUUCAUAUAUUUUAUAGAUUGGAGGAUAGUCUAGAACUAAAAUAAUCAAAUAUGAAAAUUGAAGUACCAAACACCAUAAAGAUACUUACAGGAGACUUACUGAGCUAGCUUAUCGUUAUGCAAAAGUAUACAACGUGUAAUAAAAAGUAUACAACGUAUUUGUUUAGUGUAAUUGGUUAUGUUUCUUGGCUUUGUUUAAAGAUACCAUGGUUCAAAUCUUGGUGCUGAUAUAUUUUUCUACAAAAUAAAUAACUAAUUGUGAAGAGAAAAAUACCCUUCCUACUUUCACUCUGGUUGUUUGAAAUUUGAAAUGGAGAAAAUUCAACUCAUGAAUCUGCUUUAUAUAUAGUAUACAUAGAUAGUAUCACCUUACUCAAACCCGAACCAGAUCAAUUACCAGACAAACCUAACCCAGAAAUUCAGGGUGUUACAUUUGUAACUUUUGCCCACAUGUGUUAAAGUAGCUGAGAUUUGGGGCAUUUUAUGAGGUGAUCAUGGGAUUUAUCCUAAAAAGUGUGGGUGAACAGAGAUUAAUUGGAAAGAUGAUGGGGAAUAGGGAUGGCAAUAAAACCUGAACUCACGGGUACCCACCCGACCCAACUCGGUCAACAUGGGUAAAAUUUGUGUUGACGGGUUUUGGGCCGGGUUCGGGUUUAAACCCGUUCACUAUUCAAAGGGUUGAGUUGGAUUUGGGUUUAGGUAAACCCUCCCCAUGGGUACCCGCCCACACCCAUAUAAUUAAUUUUCUCGGUAUGUUUAAUAUUCUAAACAACUAAUCUUAUUUAUGUUUGUGGAGACAUGUCUAAUUUUUUCUUUCUAAUUGUGUAGAAUGAAGUUGAUGUUAUUGAUUGGAGAGUGAAGAAAAUUAAUUGAAAAGGAGGAAGAAGCUUUCAAUUAAUCAUAUUAUUUAUGGAUAACUUGUGAUUUGCUUCAAUUUUCUUGAGUUUUCUAGAUUGGUGUUGAACAAUUUGUAUAGUUAAUUUGUGAUUUCCUUGAAUUUUCUAGAAUGUUGUUUUAUAUGUGGAUAAUUUGUAUUGAGAGAUUGAUAUUAGACUUAAAUUUUGAUAGGAACUUGUUAUUGUAAAUUUUUACGACAAAAACCCAUGGGUACCCAUGAACCCGCGGAUACCCAGCGGGUUGGGUUGGGUUUGUGUUUUUCAAACUCAGUGGGUUUUACCCCAAGUUUUUUUCACGGAUAAACCCAUGAGUUUGGGUUUGGCAAAACCCGACCCAACCCGACCCAUUGUCAUCCCUGUUGGGGAAGAGUGGAGAGUUGGACAAUUUCUUAGUUUCUUUCACUCAAUGAGGACAUUAGUGGGGGGGGGGGGGGGGGGGGGGAGGGGGAAGAUUUCUUGGAUGUCGAGUGACUAACAAUAAACAUGAUUUAGUUUGUUCAUAUUUUCAAUUUAGUAGAGUGAAUUGAUUGUUUAAGGAACUAUGUGUAUUAAAUGUAUUCAUAUGGUGUAUAAAGGUAAUGGGCAAGCCAGAGCUGUGGAGAAGGGCAAGGGUGUAUAAGAGUUGUGAGCAAUUCUUCACCUAAUAUAUAUUAUAGUAUUGGCAUGGUAUUCGGGGUCAUGAAGUGGCCCGAAUACAUGGACCUGUGAUAGAUCGAUGAAUGAGCUAUGAAUGAAUUAUAUAUGCUUCUAUGGUGAGGAUUGAAAUGUGAUGUGGAUAUGUAUGAGUUUGCUAUCAUCAACGUGUAUUGAUGAAGAGCUAUGUGAAAAAUGUGUUGAUGUGCUUUUGAGAUUAUUGUGUAUGGCAUCAAUGAGCAUAUGAUAUGAUAUGAUAUGAUAUGAUAUGAUAUGAUAUGAUAUGAUAUGUGUGCCUAUGGGCUUAUGACGAGAUGGAUUGCAUGAGUAUUGUCUAACUCAAGAAAAGAAAAGGAGAAUAAAAGAGUUAUACGAUAACUCCCUAUAAGGAGUAACGCCAAGCCUGGCUAUGAGUUCACGAGAUAUGGCACUUUGUGCCCACAAGUUUACGAAUUCACGAGAUAUGGCACUUCGUGCCCACGAGUUUAUGAGUUCAUGAGAUAUGGCACUUUGUGCCCACAAGUUUAUGAGAUUUGGCACUUCGUGCCUACGAGAUUACGAGUUCACGAGAUCUCAGGGAGUGUAUAACUUGGCAUUAAAAGUAAAAUGUACAUAACUUACCUAAUUGUGCAUGUGCUUGAGUCUGGGUAGAAUAUGAUUGCUUAUGAUGUGUCUAAUUGAUGUUUCCUAUGAUGUGUUAAGCCGACUGUGCGUGUAGAUGAUGUGUUCAUGUGUUGGUUUUGGCUAUGACGUGUUCAUACAAUGAUUUAUCAUGAGAUUGUGUAGUGGUUUCAUACCUCUAUAUGUUGUGAUUAUAUAGUGAUACAAUGAUGAUGUGAUAGUUGAUGUUUUAGCUGUUGUAGGGAUUUUAAUAACACGUAAAUUAGUGUUAGUUAACCCUCAUAUCAAGGUUUUUUGUGCCAAUUCAUUUGCAUGAUUACUUGAACAUCGUCGAUUACAUCCCUAUUUCGUUCCUGUACGAAUUCAAUGUGAUUUUAGGGUGUAUUAGACGAUAUAUGCGAAUUAGGUACAAAACAAGGUCACAAGUGUAGCAAAGGGGCAGGAAGCUCAAGAUCGUGGCCUAGAAGCUGAAGAUCACAACCGAGAACAUAGACCGCGAACUCAAUCCAAAAAUCGCGGCGCGGAAGCCCCAUAUUGCAGUCUCGGAUUGGAGGGCUUAAGACGCGAACUUUGCGAGGAAGGAGUCAGGGAGAAGUAGAGACUUUCCCCUGUCAAAUCACGGGCACAGCGUUAUCAGACCGCGAGGAAGGUCGCGACCGCGACUCAUGGAUCGCUACCGCAAAGUCAUCCUGCGAUCUCCUUAUUUCCAAAGUCCAUGAUGACAUCGUUCCAAGAUCGCGGCCUCACUUCAAUAGAUCACGACCGUGAUCUCUGUGCUUCUGGCCGUGAAUUUUUCCGUCCCCAGAUUGCCUAUAAAUAGAAGACCCCUUUCCCUUUAAAGAAGAGUUGAUUUUGAGAGAAAUUUAUGAUUUUAGAGAGAGAAGAGAGAGAAGCUGAAGGAUGGAGAAGAAGGAGAAUGAGCUAGAAGAGAGGGAGUGAAACGAACCGAUCCUUUUUGAAAAUAAAACCAUAACUCAAACCACAAACCGGUUACUUUGGAGCAACCCACAAAACAAGUUUACAAGUCAAAACCAAAAAUCAACAACAACAAUGUUUAAGAUUUUCAAGUGAAAUGCCCUAAACACUUGGGAGACCUCAAUCCAGAGCAACAAAACAUAAAACACAAUCCUUGAGUUUCCCAGUAUACUCAUUAAGAUAUGAAACUAAAGAUAGAUAUAAUGAGAGGUUCCAUCUCGUUACCCAGAUCCAGUUGACAUCUUCAGGUUUGCCGUGGCUCCUCUCCUUGAGUAACCUCCUCUUGAUGGAUGCGUCCUCUUCCCCUCUCUGCACCUGGUGAGUGAGAAGGGGUCAGUCUCGUCGUUACUUCCUUAGGUCUUUGCCCUAAGAAACUCCCUACUAAACACAUUAUUCGGGUUCUUGACUUAGACAAAAGCCGUUCUCUCUUUCAUCCUUUAUACUUUGUUAUCAAACAGUCCAUAAUAGAUCUCUACUCCUAUCUUAUCUUUAGAAUUUGCUUACUUAUAUUCUUAAUCCAUAGACACCAACAUUAGGAACCACCGCGUUACGUCUCGCCGUCUGGUGUCCCUACCCUAGUAUGCCAACCGCGUUACGUCUUACCGUCCGGUUGCAUACCCAAACUCGGCAAUGGCACUGCGUUACGUCUUGUCGUCCAGUCCAUGCCCGUCAACUACUGCGUUACGUCUGUACGUGGGCACCGGGCCGUGCCGCCCACGGGCUAGCACGGCACGACACGGUUAGAGCACGACAUGAGCACGGGCACGAAAUAAAUGGGCCAGCACGGCACGAGCACAAAUAAUUUAUAGGUCGUGCA